CUCACGCUAGAAGUGCUAGAAAAAUCGUUAUUGCAACGACACUACCAGCAGCAGCACUCUUCUUCUUCUCUCCUCCCUCGUCCAACAUCAAAAUGUCUGGAAGUGGAAGUGAAAUCCUGAUAUUAAUCUGGAAGCAGAAGUGGAAAUCCAUGCCUUCUUCUCCGAAAUCUCAAGAAGGUUAAUAUUCAAGCUUAUUCCACUUUUAUCAAGCCAUCUAUCGAUUUGUUGUUCACCAUUGUACCAACACUGAUGAAGAAGAAAAGAGAAUAUAGAAAAAAAGAGGACCUUCCUCCAGAUUUGAUUAUGGAAGAAAUAUUAACCAGGCUUCCAGUUCUGUCACUGCUCCGUUGUGCUGCUGUCUCAAAAGACUGGUAUAGAUUGGUUCAUAUUGAUAAACGUUUAACUGAUGCUCACUUUCUUCAAUCUCAAAAAAACCCCAAGUUUGUCUUUAGUCUUUUAAAUAGUGCGACUGAUACUCUAUUCCGGGGUCAUUUGUUUGAAUUUCCUACUGACUGUGUUCGCGAUACUCUAGUCCUUUGGCCUUUAGCUGGUUCUUUUCUCAUGGAAUCACAUGGUGAACUGGUUGGUUACAGUAAUGGUUUCCCUUGUAUGGCUAAUGUGAAUUGUUUUGGAACUUCUUACACGAUUUUGCAGCCAAGCAGGGGUGGUUUUAUCCAUAUUUAUCAUCCAUCCAUCUUAGGGGAACCUGUCUUUCAUGCUAGCACCAUCUGUCACGGAUUUGGUUUCGAUUCCUUAGCGAAUGAGUACAAGUUGGUAAGUGUUUUUCGUACCUCGCACAAGCAGCUUAACAUUCUUGUAUUUACAUUGGGUACUAAAUCAUGGAGAGAUAUCACUGCCACAAGCGCACACGUUGCACAUGAUGGUCAAACUAUUAGUUGGAUAAGAGCGUCCACCAGUAGUGACAGAUCUGCGGUCUUCUGUAGUUCUGGUAGUGAAUGUUUGGUUUGGAAGAUAAUAACAACUAUUGUGGGAGUGGAAGGAGCUAAUGAGAUGGAGAUGUUACUCUCGUUCAAUAUCCAUGAUGAGAAGUUUCAGUUUAUUCAACUCCCAUCUAAAGGUGCAACUGAUGAGCAGCAGCAGCACUUAUCUGUUACAUAUCCCCGUCUUCUGGAGUUCAAAGGAUUUCCUUGCAUUGCAUAUUUGGAAAAAAAUAAUUAUGUAAUGGAAUAAGUGAUUGUUAUCAUCGACCUCAACAUGAUCGUAAUGGUAGUAGUAGUAGUAGUUGCUGUUGUUGCUGCAAAGUUCAUUUGUAUUUAUUGAGGGGUGAAGCCAAGCAAGCCUGGGUUAUGGAGGAGAGUUUUGAUGCCCGUGUGAUUUCUUCUUGGAAAUCACCGUACUUUCCACCAGAUCCCUGUUGUUUUUGUAUCGGUAAUACAAGUACACCUCCAACUCGUAUCUUCAGUUUCUCUGACCAGAUUUUUCUGUACUGGUUUGAUGGUUACUAUUUGCAAGUUUACAACUUGCGUUCCAAAAAACUUAAGGUUGUAAGGCCCGAGCAUCCUGUACCGUGUGCUUUUUUUUGAAGCUAAGAUGAAAGAAUCUGCAUACAUCUCUGAUGAUGGUGACGAUAAUAUUUAUUGCUCUAAUAUGGAUUAUCAGCUGCACUGUCAAGGAGGUAACUUUCUUUCUCUGAAAUCCUUCAUACCUGAUGGGGUGGCAGGAGUCGAUAAUGCUGCUUAUAAGGAGUUGAUAUCGCAGAAGGAACACCCACCAUAUACAGCAUGUGUGUUUGCGGAAGGAGGUUCAGGGGUAUAUUUCCCGUACUUUUAAUUCUAUUUUCAUAUUUUACUUGGUAACUCUGAUCAGUUUACCAUAUUAAUGUAGUAGUUGUUAAGUUUUGUAACCGGCACGCUCUAAAUUAGUAGAUUGCAA